GGCCCCGCUCCCGGCUCGGCUCGGCCUGGCCCGGCACCGCGCUCCCGCCGCCCGCCCGCACCGGCGGCUGCGCGCCUCGCCGCGAGAGCCCUUCCCUUCUGCGUUUCCCCCGGAUUUUUGCGUGCUUUCCCCCGCCGUGCCCGGCAGCAUGGGGCUGCCGGCGCUGGAGUUCAGCGAGUGCUGCCUGGACAGUCCGCAGUUCCGGGAGCGGCUGCGCUCCCACGAGGCCGAGCUGGACAAGACCAACAAGUUCAUCAAGGAGCUCAUCAAGGACGGGAAAUCGCUCGUCGCCGCCCUCAAGAACCUGUCGGCCGCCAAGCGCAAGUUCGCAGAUUCCCUCAACGAGUUCAAAUUCCGCUGCAUCGGCGACGCUGAGACCGACGAUGAGAUCUGCAUAGCCAAGUCUCUGCAGGAGUUUGCCACGGUGCUGCGGAACCUGGAAGACGAGCGGAUGCGCAUGAUCGAGAACGCCAGCGAGGUGCUGAUCACGCCGCUGGAGAAGUUCCGCAAGGAGCAGAUUGGGGCUGCCAAGGAUGCCAAAAAGAAAUAUGACAAGGAGACUGAGAAAUACUGUGGUGUCCUAGAAAAGCACUUGAACUUGUCUUCCAAGAAGAAAGAAUCCCAGCUUCAGGAGGCAGACAGCCAGGUGGACCUGGUUCGGCAGCACUUCUACGAGGUCUCCCUGGAAUAUGUCUUCAAGGUGCAGGAGGUCCAGGAGAGGAAGAUGUUUGAGUUUGUGGAACCUCUGCUGGCCUUUCUGCAGGGUCUGUUCACAUUCUACCACCAUGGCUACGAGCUUGCAAAGGACUUCAGUGACUUCAAGACAGAGCUGACAAUCAGCAUCCAGAAUACAAGAAACCGCUUUGAAGGAACGAGGUCAGAGGUUGAAGCUUUGAUGAAGAAGAUGAAGGAGAAUCCCCACGAGCACAAAAACAUCAGCCCUUACACGAUGGAGGGCUAUCUCUACGUGCAGGAGAAGCGUCACUUUGGGACCUCCUGGGUGAAGCAUUACUGCACCUACCAGAGGGAAUCGAAGCGCAUCACGAUGGUGCCCUUUGACCAGAAGUCAGGAGGAAAAGGGGGGGAGGAUGAAGCUGUCACCCUGAAAUCCUGUACACGGCGGAAAACAGACACCAUUGAGAAGAGGUUCUGCUUUGAUGUGGAGGCUGUGGAUCGGCCCGGCGUCAUCACCAUGCAGGCGCUCUCGGAGGAGGACCGGCGGCUGUGGAUGGAGGCCAUGGACGGCCGGGAGCCGGUGUACAACUCGAACAAGGACAGCCAGAGCGAAGGCACUGCCCAGCUGGACAGCAUCGGCUUCAGCAUCAUCAAGAAGUGCAUCCACGCUGUGGAAACAAGAGGGAUCAACGAGCAGGGGCUCUACCGCAUCGUCGGGGUGAACUCCAGGGUUCAGAAGCUGCUCAGUGUGUUGAUGGAUCCCAAGACAGCCACAGAGACAGACACAGAGAUCUGUGCAGAGUGGGAGAUCAAGACCAUUACUAGUGCACUGAAAACAUACCUGAGAAUGCUCCCAGGGCCCCUGAUGAUGUACCAGUUUCAAAGGAGCUUCAUCAAAGCAGCGAAACUAGAGAAUCAGGAGUCCAGGGUGUCGGAGAUCCACAGCCUCGUUCAUCGGCUCCCGGAGAAAAACAGGCAGAUGCUGCACUUGCUCAUGAACCAUUUGGCAAAGGUUGCAGAUAAUCACAAGCAGAACCUGAUGACUGUUGCUAAUCUGGGUGUGGUGUUUGGGCCGACGCUGCUUCGACCUCAAGAGGAAACGGUGGCUGCCAUCAUGGACAUCAAAUUCCAGAACAUCGUGAUUGAAAUUUUAAUAGAGAACCACGAGAAGAUAUUUAACACGGUGCCAGAGGCUCCGCCGUCGAACUCGCAGCUGCUGUUAUCGCGCAAGAAGAGCACGGAGUCGAAGCCUCCCUCGUGCAGCGAGCGGCCGCUGACGCUCUUCCACACGGCCCAGCCCAGCGAGAGGCAGGAGAACAGGAACAGCAUCAUCAACUCCAGCCUGGAAUCUGUCGUCUCUUCAAAUGUAAACAGCUUCCUCAACUCCAACAGCGCUCCCCAGCCCAGCCUGAACUCGAGUGAUCUUGAACUAGAAGUAAUUAAACCCAACAGGCCAAAUUCCCUCCCUCAGAAUCCAAGCCCAACGUCACCCCUGUCACCGUCCUGGCCCAUGUUCUCUGCGCCAUCAAGUCCUAUGCCCACCUCCUCUACGUCCAGCGACUCAUCCCCCAUCAGGUCUGUUGCACAAUUCGCUUGGCUUUCUGUUGCUUUUGCUAUUUCUGUUGAAUUUCCCCAGUUUCCCCCCCACUUCACUUCCCUUUCCCUCGGCAUCCUGCUUGAACCCUCCCAACGCAGCUGCCUGCACUCAGCAAGAGGGGAGCUUCCAAAGCCCCCUGCCCCGGGAGAGCCCCUUGGGACACCUGCAGCCCCAGGUGAGGGGAGCAGGAGCUGUGCUCGGUGUCACUGCUGGGCUCAGCUCAGCUCAGUGCUGCGCUGGCUUUGCUCUGCAACAGGUAAGAAGAGUACUGCAAGGAGUAAAGGGCCUCUGGAAAGCUCUGCCAGCCCUGGUUUUCUGGCCACGGCCUCGUCUGGGAUCCCAGGAGGGUGACGGGCACGGGGUAGCACGGGCUGCUCCCAGGCUAAAGGUCCUUGGGCAUUGCUGGGGCAAACCCUUCCUGGAAGCUGCAGAUGAACCAGGACAGGAUUCCCAGCAAGUCUGGGAGCAGUGGGUGAGGCUGAGCUGUGUGCCAGCCCCGUGGGGUCCCUCUGUGCCCUGGGGUGCCUGGCACAGAGCAGGCACUGCCCGGGGUCCCGUGCCCUUGGCACCAGCGAUGCCAUCGUGCCCCGAGUGCACCGUGGGCCUGGAAAUUCCUUCUGUUUUCCACCUGAUGGUCUCAAGCACUCCACAUGAGCGGUGCCUCCCGGCAGUGAAGGACCCUCUGGAGUGGGAGGAUUGUUUGCCCAUCCUGGUUUUUAAGUGUUUGGGAGCUGCUGGUGUCAGGGAGCUGGAAUUUGGAGAAGAGAGAUCUCAUUUUGGGGCUCUCUUUGCAGCAAAGCCAAAGCCAUUCCCAGCUCCUGAGCCUGGGGUCUGGUGUGAAGGGGAGCUACUCUUGCCAUGAAGCCUUGCUGCUUCCCUGGGCUCACCCAAGGAACUCAGGGGAACUUCAAAUCCUCAGAAAGAUAAAAAUUGGUAAAACCACUGAUCUGAGAACGGUGACACCUUGUUCCCCACCCCAGCAGCUUCCAGGGGCACUCAUCACUUCCCUUGGCCAUGUCACAGCUGAGCAGCAGUGCUGGGUGUGUCUGGCUGCUCGAAUGGCCAGGGUCUGGCUGGGCUGGCACUGUCACUGUCACUGUCACUGCAGCCUGGCAGUGUCCCAGCUUUCCACCAGCCCUGCUCCAGCCCAAAGCUGGGGAGGAUGGCUGGGGAUUCCAGGUGCAGGGGCAGCUCUGUGUGCCUGUGCUGUGCCUGAAGAUCCUGAGGUCCCUCAUUUUCUGCUCUCUGCCAGCAGUUUGCUCCAUUCCUGCCUCUCCCUGCUCCAAUUCCCUCCCCUGCAGCGUGGGCACGCUGACACUUCCAGCAAAAUCUAAUGGCUUUUAAAUCUUUUUUACCUUCUGGUACAGGCUCUAAAGAAGUGCAGCAAAUUCUUCACGGACCUGCUUGUCUUUCUGUUUAGAAAUAACCUUCCCCAAGUGCUGAUUCUUCCUUGUGAAAUUCUCCUUGUGGUUGCAGCUGCACUUGGAUGGGUUUGGCAGAGGGGCCAGGGCAGAGGGUCACUGCCAGCACCUGCUGCCACCUUUGCUCUGUGCCAGCCUCUGGUCAGUGGUGGCACUCCAGAUACAGAACAUUCCAGCCUAGAGGAGAUGAGGGGACCCCUGGCUUGGGCUGGUGCUGUUUGGGCACCAGUGUGGGCUCCAGUCCAGCUGGGCUCCAACUGGGAUUUGCACUGGGGUGAAACGUGGCUCAUCCCUGAGAGCCUUCAGCCUCUGCUGGUCUCCCUCCCUCGGGGCAGGGGAGCUGAGGUGCCAGCAGAGCAGCAGCCCAGCAGAGUGGCACUGUGAGGGCUG